GACGAUGAAGACAGACCCAUAGACACUGACUCUGGCUACAACAAGUCAUCAUCAUACUCCACCGAGGAAACUGGUGGUUACGGUGGCUCUGGCGGUGGCUAUAACAAGCCAUCAUCGUACGAUGAUAAUCCUUCCGGUGGUUACGGCGGCGGUGGUGACUACAACAAGUCAUCAUCCUACGGUGAGUCUGGUGGCUAUGGCGAUCAAGGUGGUUACGAUAAGCCUUCUGGCGGUGGUGGCUAUGGUGAAUCUGGCGGUUACAACAAGACAGCUUACUCCACUGAUGAACCUUCUUCCGGUGGCUAUGGCGGUGGCUAUGGGCGUGAUGACGGUGAUCGAAGAAAUGAAGAUGAGGUUGACUACAAGAAAGAAGAGAAGCACCACAAGAAGCUUGAGCAUCUCGGUGAGUUUGGUGCUGCAGCUGCUGGUGCCUAUGCCUUGUAUGAGAAGCACGAGGCAAAGAAAGAUCCAGAGCAUGCUCACAGGCACAAGAUAGAAGAGGAGGUAGCAGCGGCAGCUGCAGUGGGAUCUGGAGGUUUUGCCUUCCAUGAGCAUCAUGAGAAGAAGGAAGCUAAAGAGGAAGAUGAAGAAGCUCAUGGCAAGAAGAAGCACCACCUCUUUGGCUGAUGCCUCUAUCUGUAUACAUACAUAUACGUAUACAUACGUACAACAAUAAUAUUAUUGAAUUAUUGUGCUUUUCGAUUUUAUGUAUCUUUCGUAUAAUUUAUCUUUCCAGCUUACUACUACUGUGUGUGGUUUGUAUCUACUUAUUGGGAGAAUGUUAUUGCUUUAUUUGCUUCCAAUAUAUGCUUGUAUAUGUA